AUGAAACUUAUCUAUGGAUACGAAAUGAAUGCUUCUGCUGGCCAAAUUGGUCAUGUUAUCUGCCCACCACUGUUAUCAACCAAAAUCACUUUAUCAAGCGCAGGAAACACAAAUCGUUGGGCAUUCUAUGGCACUCGCAAGCAAAUCUUGGAUUGGAUGAGAGAGCAUGGUGAUAUCAUAUUGGAGAAUUCAAUCUUUGCUGGAGGAAAAACAUGCGAUAGUAAUGUUCACACUGAAAUUGUUAUCGAUGUGCAAUAUGUCUACGAUCAAGAGCAAACUUACGUCGAUUACAUCAAGUCUUAUUUCGUUGACAUCUACGAUUCUGAAAGGGUUAAAGUUGAAAUUAGACCUCGUGUCGAUUCCAAGGACAGUGUAAUUCCUGCCUUGAGUCGAACCGUCGUUGCAAGCGGUACUAAACUAGGAGAUUUGGUUGAUGAUUUACAAACAGAGUGGUUCAAACCAGGACAAUCCUAUGUUCAACAAACCGUUCAUUUGUUCAAUGAUACACCUACGCCUAAUCACAUUCUCAGUGCUAAACCUCCUACAUCUAUUCAUGUGUCAACAGAUGCUGCUCAGCAAUCUCCCGUUGCUGUCGAGGGAGAUUUGUGUACAACUACCACCGCGAAUGUCACUACUACUACUACUGCUCAUUAA